AUGGGUGUUUGUCGUCAGGUCGGGCGACAGAAGCUGUACAUCGUCAUCCUCACCCUUGCCAUUGUCUUCAUCUUCUAUCAAGCAUUUCCCUGCGACCCAGGACCCAGCGUGGUCAUGGUGCCCAGGGAUAAAGUCAAAUUAAUCUACGACAGAAACCAUAUGGCCAUUCCUUAUGACGAAAACAUGCCGAUCAUCUUCGUCGGGGGCAUGCCUCGAAGUGGCACCACCCUGAUGCGCGCCAUGUUGGAUGCGCAUCCGGAUAUUAGGUGUGGCGAAGAAACACGGGUCAUCCCACGGAUCAUCGGCAUGCGGACCCAGUGGGAGCGGUCAGCCUUAGAGAAAAAGAGACUGGACGAAGCUGGAGUCACCAGUGAAGUUUUGGACGCCGCCGUGAGGGCUUUUAUCCUGGAGAUUAUAGCAAAACACGGAGCUGCAGCCCAACAUUUGUGCAACAAAGACCCUUUCACUUUGAAAUCCUCAGUAUAUCUCAGUCAACAGUUCCCCCAUUCCAAGUUCAUUCUCAUGAUACGGGACGGCCGGGCUGUUGUCCAUUCUAUAAUAACAAGGAAGGUUACUAUAUCCGGGUUUGACCUAACCAGCUACAGAAAGUGCCUGCAGAAAUGGAACUCCGCUGUAGAGACAAUGUACGCCCAGUGCCUGCACGUGGGCCCAGUGCGGUGUAUGCCUGUCUAUUAUGAGCAGCUGGCACUGCAUCCUAGGGAGUGGAUGGGUCGCAUACUUCAGUUCUUGAAUAUCCCGUGGAAUGAAUCCGUGCUGCAUCAUGAGGAGUUUAUUGGCAAACCUGAUGGCAUUGCUCUUUCCAAAGUGGAAAAGUCUACAGACCAGGUGAUCAAGCCGGUCAACGUGGAGGCCUUGUCCAAGUGGGUUGGUGUCAUACCGGUUGAUGUUCUCAAUGAUAUGGAAGUCAUUGCACCCAUGCUUCGCACCCUUGGAUACGACCCUCUGGCCAACCCGCCCAACUAUGGACAGCCAGAUCCCAACAUUGCAGACAACACCAUACACAUCAAGAAGAACGCUGACUUCUGGAAACAGAGAGAACUGGAUGUGCUUAACCAGGGAUCUGAAGAAAGUCAUCAUGCUGCCCCAUUGCAGCCACACCAGCCGGAUGUGGGAGCCCAGGACACGGAUGUGGGCAUCGUAGAUAGAGUGUCACAGAAGGAUAGAGAACCUGAUAGCUGA